AUGGCUACUAAUUCGUUCCGCGAUUCCGUCAGUUCAUUGGGCUGGUCUCGACGAGACCCCGAUCCACCGGUGCGCACCAGUACCUCUUCCACACCCUUUCUAUCAAAGUUGCAAUCAUGGAACCCGUUUGGCCAAGGAGAGGGCUAUCUACAACUGCCCACUCACGAAGCUCCAGGAGCUCCCCUACCAGCUGCAACUCGACGGGAGGAGGAAGAAGGUUUCUUUGCCCUGAGUCGAUGGGAUCGGAUGCUCGUUUUCAUCGCCUGCAACCUGGGUGCUGCAGUAUGCUUCUUUAUUUGCUUUUUCCUCUUUCCAGUGCUAUCACUGAAACCCCGCAAAUUCGCCAUCUUGUGGUCGGUCGGCUCUCUCUUAUUUCUGCUAUCAUGGGCGGUCCUCAUGGGACCCCUGACCUACGCUAAGCAUUUGAUCUCGGGACCACGACUGCCCUUCACGGCCGCCUAUUUUGGAUCGAUUGCCUUGACUCUCUACUUUGCGAUCGGACUUCACUCCACCCUUCUUACCCUCAUCUCGUCGAUUUUCCAGCUCGCAGCCCUGGUCUGGUAUCUGGUCAGCUACUUCCCCAUGGGUAGCACCGGAUUGCAGUUUAUGGGACGCUUUGGGGCACAGCGCGUUGGGGCCUGGAUGACUAGCUGA